ACAUUAAACGCCUCAUCACUAUUUGCCUCCGAGUUCAAUCGAAUUAACUUAAUGUAAACUUAGCACACUAACACAAACAGGCUUGUUUUUCUUAAACUGUAUUAGAAUAUAUUUUAAGGCUUUAUGUUAAACAUCUUGGGGCCUUAAAACUCAAAUUAAACGACUCUCCUGAGAACUGAAGCUAACUUUGCUAAGCUAACAGGUAAACACACUGUUCGUCACCCAGAAGUGAAACAUGGUCAACGUGGAAUGAUCUGAAUGGAGUCGAAUAAAAAGAAGAAAUGGAAAUGGCGACAGGAUCGUGGUUACAGACGGUACAGAGCGAACCGAAGCAGAUCAUCAAGCAACGAGCAGUGGCAUGGCUAUAAUGAUGCUGGGCCUUCUCACAGAUUAUCUCAGAUGGAAAACGAUAACCAACCUGCCUCAGCUUCAUCAUCCCCAGCCUCUUCUUCCUCUUCCAAAUCUAACAGUGGAGUACCAGAGCUACCUGGUUUCUACUUUGACCCUGUCAAGAACCGCUACUUUCGGCUGCUUCCUGGACACAACAACUGCAACCCGCUGACCAGAGAACAGCUGCAAGAAAAGGAAAGGGAGAAACAGAGGCAAAAGAGACUGGCAGAAGAUGAAAACCCAAGAAAAAAAACCCCAAGAACUGGGCUGAACAUCUCCUUGUUGCUGCAGAAAAGGCAUCUUGGACUUUUACCUGUGAACUCCUAUUGCAGGCGUGUCCAUGAGGUGAAGGUUUGUGGAAUGAGACGCCACAAACUGGAGAUCCAGAGCACAGACAACAGCGACCCAAACACUGACAACUUCAGGAUCAUAGUGGGUGAUUCUGUGUCUGAACGAGUGUUCACCGUCAAUGACGUCUCACACGGCGGCUGCAAAUACGGCAUCAUGAAUUUUAGCAGCGGCAGCCGGGGCUCUCUGUCCGUGGAAAUGUGCGAUAACCUCUACUUCACCAAUCGAAAGGUGAAUUCCAUCUGUUGGGCUUCUGUGAACUACCCUGACUCUCAUGUUCUCUUGUGUCUGGUGGGAGCGGCCGACACGCCGGGCUGUGUUAGUUUACUUCCUGCUUCACUCUUCAGCAACUCUAAUCAAGAUCAGCCAGGGAUGUUGUGUAGCUUCAAGAUAUCUACAGCCUGGUCCUGCGCUUGGUGCCUUAACCCACAGUUUGAUAAGACCUUCAGCACUGGUCUGUCUCGACGGGUCAUUCUCAAGGAUGCAGAGACGGGACGAACACAGACGUACGGUGUGGGCACUGAUGUCUUAGCGCAGCAUUUUGCUCACAGGGUUCCAGUCCUGUUCAAUGGUUGCAGAUCUGGGGAGAUUUUCAGCAUAGACCUCCGGCAGCGUGGCCGCAGGGAUCACAGCUGGAAGGCCAAACGCUUCCACCAUGAAUCGGCCAUCACCUCUGUACGCGUCCUGCAGGAUGAGAACUACCUCAUGGCUGCAGACAUGUUGGGUCAGAUUAAGAUGUGGGAUGUACGGGUUACCAAGCCAGUGCUGGAGUACAAAGGGCAUUACAACGAGCACGCCUACCUCCCAAUUCAUGUCAAUGAACAUGAAGGCCUUCUGUUAGCAGUGGGCCAAGACUGUUAUACCAGGUUGUGGAGUCUGAAGGAUGGUCACCUGUUGAGGACCAUCCCAUCCCCUCAUCCAGCGGCAAACGACAUGAUCCCGAGCGUCGUCUUCUCCUCUAAUUUGGGCGGCAGCAGAGGACUCCCUGGUCUGCUCAUGGCGGUUAAACAUGACCUGUACUACUUCCCAUACAACACUGAUUACCAGGAUGAAGGGCAGCCGUCACUUUAAAUCAGAUGAAAAUCUUUCCGCCCGACUGAAAACUGAAUGUAGUUCUGGGACGAAACUACAACGACCGCAGCCGUCCUGUUUCUGGAGCAGAGCUUGGUUUAGGUGGAUUAUAUGCAAAACUCUCAAACGGACACUAAAGAGAACUGGUGCAGCCUACCUUCGACUGGAGCACCCAACAGGCAGUGUAAAGUCAGAACUUCCAAAAAUGAGAAUUCUUUUUUCUGACAGGUUCUCUUUAAAACAGAGGAUUUUCCCCUUAACCUUUCUACAAACAUCUCACAUCUUUAUUUGGAGUUUUAGGAGAUUAACCAACACAGAGUGGGGUAUGAAUGAAGUGGAAGGAUGCCUGGUUAUAAUUUUUAUUAAAUCAAAUAUAAACCUGAAAGGUGGGCUGCAUGUCUUUUGCACAAUAGCUCAAGUUCAUUAUUAGUUGGAAGGAGACAAUCUGUGAGCAUCAGUGUCUGAAUUCUGGAUUUAGACUUUGACUGCCAUUUUUUAGAUCUAAACCGCUUGUACCAUUUUCAGGUUUGUUGUCCUGUUAAUUCAACCUUUUACAGCCUCUAACAUUUUUUGUACUAGUUGGUUUCUCAACACAUAGUACUUUGGACAUAGAAGAAAAAAAAUAGUUUUGUCUAAUCUGACCAUAGCUACUUUUAUAGGGAUUAUUUUUAACAGCAAACCAAUUUUGAAGUAAUUCCUACAAAAAGGCUAUAUUUAUUGAGUAGACAAUGAAAUAGGUU